AUGUCUGCGUUGCUGUCCUCCUUCCCUUAUUCAUGCCUCCUCGUUCCCUUAACGGUCUCUCAUUUUCGCAGAAUGGACCCAUUAGCUAUUUAUGCUAUCACCGCUGGCGGUAUUUUUGCCGUUCUUUUCUUAUUCCGGACCCUUUCUCUCAUCGCCGGCUGUCGACAUUUGUUUUCUCUCAUUGUCUCACAACAUCUGACGCUACCCUUUAUCAUUCGGAGACAUCGGUUCUUGGGUCCAUGGACCAGAGCUGGUGUGGUUUCUCAUUUAUCAUAUGCUGCAAUCAACAUUUUCCUUGUCUUCUUCAGAAACAAAUCAUUGACUAGUGCUGGCCGCCGGGCUGGGGAGCUGGCUCUGGUGAACUUGAUUUUCCCUUUAUCAACAAUUCACCUAGCCUACCUGGCGGACCUCCUUGGUAUCAAAUGGAACUCCUGCCGGAAGAUCCAUCGUGCGACUGGCUGGAUGGCUGUUGCCCUGCUAUCAUUCCACAUUAUUAUGGCAGUUCAGGGCCAGGACUUCACGUUUCCACUCCGCGAACAGCAUAACCUUUUUACUAUGCUUGCUGCGAUCUCACUGGGUGCGCUUGCUCUGCAUUCGAUUCCAUGGUUUCGUCAAUGGUCAUACGAGAUCUUUCUUCGAGGACAUCAAAUCCUCGCCGGGCUUUUUGUCUACGGGACCUGGCAGCAUCUUCCAGCGCGAAGCACUUCUCCGAAAAUAUAUCUCUUUGUUGCCGUGGGGACUUUUGCGCUGACUUUGCUCUUAGAGCUAAUAACCCUUCUAUACCAUAAUGGUCUUUUCGCGGGCCGCGGUACCCCCAGGGCUAUCGUGUCAUUUAGCGCGAUUGAAUCCAAAGAAGGCUCGACGGUCAAUGCUGUCCAUAUUCGCGUUCUAUUGCCUCGGCCAGUGAGAGUAGAAGCUGGGCAGUAUAUCAAUCUUUGGAUGCCCUCCGUCAGUCUAUGUUCGUGGAUGCAGACCCACCCUUUCACGGUUACCUCGUGGUCCAAAGGCAAGCAAGAUACCAUGGAGCUUCUAGUAAAGCCACGCAGUGGUUUCACUGCAGAUCUUCUUCGCUACGUCUCUGCUGCUAAAGAGAGCUCGGUCUCUUUCCUGGCUUUGUUUACUGGCCCUCAUGGCGUGAGUGAGGAAGCUAGUGACUAUGAGAGUAUUCUAGUGCUGGCCAGCGGAUCUGGGAUCGCCGCGGCCAUUCCAUACCUAAAGAAAAUGAUCUACGGUUACAACACCUGCACCUCUCAAGUUCGCCGGCUACAUUUAGUUUGGCAGGUAGAAUCUGUUGACAAGAUGACCCCUGCAUUGUCUCUAAUCAAUAACCUCCUGAAGGAUGAUAUCAUGGAUGACGGCUAUAUACUGCAUAUCUCGAUUUACGUCAGCGACGGCAUCGAGCAGAAUGGAUUACCAUUUGGCCGACAUAAGCGAGUUUACAUUUACCAAGAAGUGCCUGAUUAUCAAAGCAUUAUUUCUCUCGAGGCAUCCGGCGACCAGGUUGAGAGACUGCCCAACACUUGGGACGAGCAAGGUCGGACAUUAGUGAUGGUCUCUGCAACGGACGAGUUUCGGGAUCACAUACGGAAGGUUGUACGAGGGUGCCUGCACCAGGGCGUAAAGCUUUCGGAGUUAGAGUAUCAGCCCAGCACCGAUUAA